UACGCUCUACCGACCGCAUUAUGAUAAUCGAUUUAAUCUUGCAAAACUGAACUCCGCACUCAUAUACCUAAAUAUCCAGAUUUUUGGACAGAUUUACUAAAAUAAUUCGUUUCGUCAGCACUAAUAAGAAAAUAAAAAAUGAACGGUCUCUCGGCGCUGAGAAGGAUUAAAAAUCGGCUGUACACAGAUUUUGACGCCUUUUGCCACAUGAUACUAGGGCAUGCGCCUCCACCAGCUCUUUCUUUUGCCAGUACUGCGGAAACACUUAAACCAUCUAUCUCAGCCCUAACAAAUGUUCAAAGACUAUUUGGCGAUUCUAUUUUUUGGGCAGUACCCAAACAUAGACGUACAAUUGAGAAAAGACUAAAACGAAAAUUUGGUUGUAUUAAUGAUUUUUACAAAAUUCUUUUACCUCGUACAGAUUUACUCACAUGUAACCAAUGUGGUCAUAGUUAUCAAAGACGCCAUUUGUGUGCCAAUUGUUAUAAGAGGGUUAAAGAUGAAACUACAGAGUUUCAAGAAGUCAUUGAAAAAGAAUUGGGCUUGAAACCCAUUGAACAGGAAGUAGUAGUUCUGUAUAAAGGAGAGAAAACCAAACAACCAGUAGAAGAAUUUUGGAAAGGUAAAAGAAUCAUUGAACUCAAAAGAGAAAAACCGUCAUGGUUCAGUAGAAACUUAUUACAAAGGACUACUAUUGGCAACUCUGAUUCGAAAGAUGUACAACCGUCAGAAUUAGCUUAAAAGCCAGUUUUCCUUUUUAGUAUAAAAUUUGUUGCAAAUGUAUUAAUUUCCAUUUAGCUUGAUCAAUAUUUUAAUUAAAUCAAGUAGAAUAAAUUAUAUUAUAUAAAAAAAAUUAACAAAAUAAGAAAUAUUUUUAUAUUAA